CGGCACGAACAUCACGCCUUCAGUCGGUCCGCAGCCUCUCUGUUGGCUGUUGCUCCCCCGCCGCUCUCUCAAACGUUUCUCUCGCGAGGAAGAGGAAGCGUGCCUCUCGUUAAUAUGCCCGUGACGAUCUGAGAUUUUUUUUUUUCCAAAAACCACGAGUACGCGCGUCAAACGGUGUGAAACCCCGAGACGAUAAUGUAUAAGACAAUCGUGUCUUGCGCAUUUCUCUGCCUGUUCUACCCGUGCCUUCGACCCUGCGAAGGCGACGCGACUGCGGUUACCAAUCGGGGAUAUGUAUUUACUGCGCCGAGGAGAUUCUUGGCCGGCGAAACCGAGAGCGGCUGUUUGUCGCUGCACAAUCUCGAACCGCCGGCGCACGUUAUCCUGGAGUUGCUAUCUCCAGCGGGUACGGGCGUGGAUGACGAGGUACUGACCAGGACGAGUGGCGUCGUCAAAACAGGCAAUAUGAACGUGUCCUCUAAUAGUCAACAACUCCUGCAAAUUUCAUCAAAUUCGAAGGUCAAGAUCAAGUUGGAAGAUGCAACGGGGCUCGACUUGCAUCUGUCGCACGCAGUAGCUUCGUUCUGCGUAAAACCGCGAGACAGCGUGGUGCACGAAUAUAUUCUCAGACCGCGAGUUCUUGGCGAUGUUAAUAUCACGGUCUCCGCUUCGAUCGACUCUGAUUACGCUGAACCAUGCGGCCCGGAAAUGCUUCUGUAUACACGGGACGUGAUUAUAAAGCCGAUACUGGUGCUACCGGAAGGCUUUCCUGUGGAAAUAACGAAAUCCGCGUUCAUCUGUCCGAAGGACUUUAGCGACGACUCCACCAUAACUUGGAAUCUCGAUCUACCCGACGAUUUGGUGCCCGAAAGCGCGAGAGCGUACGUGUCCCUGAUAGGAGAUAUCCUAGGUCCGGUCCUUGAAAAUCUAGACAAUCUUGUUCGCUUGCCGAUGGGAUGCGGCGAGCAAAAUAUGAUUCUCUUUGUUCCUAACAUCCACGUGAUCGGCUACUUGGACGCGACCGGAGUCGAGAACCCAGAGCUGAGAGCAAAAGCUAUCAGAAAUAUGGAGAAAGGAUAUCAGCGCGAAUUGAUAUACAGACAUCCGGACGGUUCGUACUCCGCGUUCGGCCCGGAAAGCUCGGAAGACGGCAGCUCGAUUUGGCUCACCGCAUUUGUGAUCAAAUCUUUCGCUCAGGCGAAGAGUAUAAUUCACAUCGACGAACGAGAUCUUAAAAUUUCUGUAAAAUGGAUGGUGAAGAAGCAAUUGGAAAAUGGAUGCUUCCCUGUGAUCGGCAGGAUAUUCCACAAGGAUAUGAAGGGUGGUUUGCAAGAUGACGACAAUUCUUCCUCGGCGUUAACGGCUUAUAUCCUGAUCUCGCUCUUAGAAUCGGGCGUGCCAUUAACAGCAUCGCUCAUUAAUAACGCUCUACAUUGCCUGGAGAAAGGAAUGGAGAACGACGGCGGUACGACGUACACGGCAGCUUUAUCCACCUACGCCUUAACGUUAUUGGAGCACCCGAAAGCGAACAAUAGCAUGAAAUCGCUUAUGACACGUGCCACGCGAAACAACGAUCUUCUCUGGUGGGAGGACAAGUAUAAACCGUCUCUAGGAUUGAGUAUUGAGAUGACGGCGUACGCUGUGCUGUCAUUAGUGAAAUUAGGUGGCGAGACGAACAUGGUCGAGGCGUUGAAAGCAGUCCGUUGGAUGUCAAAACAACGCAACGCAGAGGGCGGCUUCACGUCCACGCAGGACACUGUGCUCGGCCUGGAGGCACUCACCAAGUACGCCACCACGAUGUCGAGCAACGCGACGGAUCUCUCGGUACUCGUGACCGCCGGCGAGGUGGACCAGGUGUAUAGAAUGCACAACGACAAUCGCAUGGUCCUCACACAGAUUCGCUUGCCCGUAAUACCCACGAUAGUCGAGAUCUUCGCUGAGGGUGAAGGCUGCGUCUUAGUGCAGAGCAAUAUAAAAUACAACGUUGCACACGCAACCGGCUCCGAAGCAUUUGAUCUCUCGGUUAAUGCCGCUCCCGCGACAUGGCUGGACGAAUGCUCGAUGCAAAAAAUUACAAUCUGUACGCGAUAUAAAAUGGCAGAUGGGGAAAGUAACAUGGCAUUGCUAGAGAUCGACAUGAUAAGUGGAUACGUCCCAGAUCGUACGAGUCUUCAUUCUCUAUUGGAGGAUCCGGCUACGAAAGUGAAACGUUUCGAAGAGGAUCGGGGUAUCGUCACCAUUUACUUCGACAAGUUAAUCAAUCAGAAAACCUGUAUAUCGUUUACGGUGACCAGAGAAAAUAUCGUGGACAGACUUGAACCGGCGAAUGCAAAACUUUACGAUUACUACCAACAGGAGUUGACGAUAUCUAGCAGCUAUAGCUUCGCAGCGACUUGCAGCAGUGCCACUCCGAGCGAAGAAGUGGAGAUUCCUAAUCCAGUGCCAAUAGAAGUGCAAGAAAUAGGCAAGGACAACGCGAAGAAGAAUACCGUGGGAAAAGAGGAGACAGUCGAAAAAGCGGUCGAAACCCCGGACGAUCGAAAUGGAACUAUAGAGCAGAUAGUACCACAAAGAGAAGCUGGAAGCGGCCAGGCACCGGACGAACCGGACAUCAAUCUGAACCCCGUGUUCGACAGGCUUGGACCUCCUAGCAUAGAUCUCGAGGAUAUGGAGGCACCGUUCUCAACUCUUAUUAGACAGGGACAAAAUUCCUUUGGGACGGAUUUUGACGGAAAUCCGCUCUUCGUUGUGGUCGAUCACGAACUGGCGACUCCCGAAGGGGUCGAAGGGCCCGUGCCGGUUUCCGUGAAACCCGACAUCACACAUUUUGACGACAAUCCACUGUUGAAUGUGACUAAUGAAACGGAACAGAAGAUAGAAAUAGAUCUGAGCAAUGCGCAAAUAUUACCACCUCUUGGUUUGAACGAGUCCUGCCCUGUAUGCGCCGAUGAACUACCGUCGAAUAUUAAUGAUCUUUAUUGCUCCGCCAGUACCGUUGUAAAAGUGGCGAUUAGACGAUUGCGAAAGGCAAGACUCCUAUUAGAUAUACAACCGUCCCACGAAGACGUCAAACGCCUGCAUUCGACGAUCGCAUUUGUCUUAAGACCCAACUGUUCUUGCCCGCCUUUAGAUAAUCCUGGAAGUCUGGCACUGUUGAUGCAUUUCGAGGACGGCGAGUUUGCUAAGAGUUCGCAUAAUCGAUAUGUCUUAGACGAACAGGUUUCUAUAUACGGAUUACCACCGGUUGGUGGGGUUCCACGUGAGAUAACGGACGCUCGAGCAACGUGUGUGAAUCGAGAUAAUAGCGCAUUUCUUAAUCUUCCUACGGCUGACUGAUCUUCGGCGUUCCGCCGAGAAUAUACUAAAUACGAAUAGACAUAACAGAUAACAGAAUAUACGUCACGUAUCAUAUUAACAAAACUCAACAAUUGAGAGAAGAACUCGAUCGGUUUCAGGCGUAUAAAAAUUAAAUACACACACAUUUAAAUUUUAAAGUACAAUAAAAUCUAUACGAGGCAAUUUGAAACAAGAAAUUCUUCAUUAUAAUAUCUGACUCAUUAAUUUUAGCACGCUUUGUAUGUAGUUUGAAGAAGUAAAUUUUACACAGGGUAUUGUAAUCAAUGUCGAAUACACUUGAAUUUCCAUCGCAAAUCUCUUCUGCAGCUCCCUCCGUACAACAUAUUCUCACAACAUCACAAACUCUACGUUAACAGUGCGAUGAGAAAACACAAUAUGUAAUAGAAUAAAGUGUCAUUUUUAUAUGACGAAAGUUAUAUGCGUUCAACUCUCAUAAUUGUGAAUAGCAAAUAACUAAUGAAUUAAAUAAACUGUAAAUAAAGCACAGCGAUUUAUUAUAUAA